AUGACUCAGCAUCCCGAAUCCAACCGCAACAACCUCUCCUCUCUUCUCACCAUCUGUCUUCUUCUUCAUCCCCCUGCGCCCCCGUUGCCCGUCGCUGGACGCCUUCCUCAUUUCCAGUUCGCCCUCCGAGACCCUUUCGCGAAAUCCUCCAUCGUUCACGGUCGAUUCACUCGCGGCAAGCCGCUCAGGCUCUGCGCAGUCUUCACGCGACCCCGCCCACGCCAAGCAUUCACGCUGCGCGCGACAGCAUUCAACGAGACUCAACACCACAUUGGGUCAUACCACUGGCGACUACGCGCUGUCUCUAAAUAA